UCGUCCAUGCAUUUCUCCAGAACAGCGCCAUCCCGCCCAAGCCUGUUUUGCAUUGAGACCCCUUACAGUUUGGCAAGGAAAGGGUUACGGAGUUGAUAGGGUGGUCCAGAUCGAUGUUCCUUCUCCAAUAAGUCGCCAUGAACAAAUGAAUUCGCGGGGAAUUAAAUACCACAAAGGAGAAAGAAUCCUGUGCUUUGAACCCGACCCCAACAAGGCUAAAGUGUUGUAUGACGCUAAGGUCAUUGAUGUCUUGAUUGCUACAGAUAAUUAUGGAAGAAGAGUCCCAAAGUAUCUGAUUCAUUUCAGCGGUUGGAGCAGAAGCUGGGAUCGUUGGGCUGCUGAGGAUCAUGUCCUAAGGGACUCAGAGGAAAACCGUAAAUUGCAACAUAAACUGGCUCGCAAAGCUCUAGGUCGCAUGAAGAAAAAGGGAUGGGCGAAGAGGCGCCGUCGUCAAUCUGGUACUAAAUCCUCCUCUCUAAAAACUCUUCCUAAGGAGGACGACAGUGAUGACGCAUGUCUGAUUUCGUCUUCAGAAAGCAGUGACGGGGACGACUCAGACACUGACUCUUCCAAUAGCGGGGACAGCACCUUCUCUGAGGAUAUUGAUAAAAUGAGGGUUGAGCCUGACAUUAAUGUUAAAAGGGAAUGUGAGGAAAAGAUUAUCCAUGUUGACAUCAGCAUCCCUGAUAUCCUGAAGAAGAAACUGGAGGAUGACUGCUUCUACAUUAACAAGAGAAAGAAGCUCGUGAUGGUUCCUUGUCAGACGAAUGUCGUGCACAUCCUCGAGUCUUACGUCAAACAUUUUGCCAUCAACAAAGCUUUCAUGGCCAAUGAGAGGUACCGGCGUCAGCAGAACACCACACAGAGCACCAGCCCACAGCCUGUACCUCCAGAAAAGAGCGAGGAGCUGUGUAAGGAGAUGGUCGACGGGUUGAGGAUCACAUUUGACUUCACUUUACCCAUGAUCCUCCUCUACCCCUGUGAACAAGCUCAGUUCAAAAAGGUCAGCUCCUCCAGGCUGUUCCUGGCCGCCAAUGAAAGCUCCCCUUGCUCCAGCAACGCACAAAGAGAGCGUAGCCCGAGCCCGCUGGGGCACAACCCUCCCACCCCACAGUCGACUGACAGCCAACCCGCACUGAGCGACAUAUCUGCCACCACGCCCACCGCCCCAGCCCCCACCCCGAAGCGCCGGCGCCACCCCGACAUGGACUGUAUCUCCUUCCAGUCUCAGUCACUGAGACGCUCCACCAGGAACACAUCUGGAGGAGACCGGCCAGCUGAAGGAAGCAGUGGAGGUGGAGGCAGUGCCACUGCUUCCCCACAGCUCAAACGGCGACUGAUCGACUCCUCAUCCCAGCCAAAGUUCUUCCUCAACCUGGACAGAAAAACCCCAGUGCACAGUGGCUCAUCCUCCCCGUUGCCCUUGACGCCAAGCAAAGAGCGAAGUGGGCCCUUCUAUGGCCUCGAGAGCCGGAGGAACAAUGAGCUUAACGAGGUACUAAGUUGGAAGCUGACUCCAGAUAACUACCCUCUUCAUGACCAGCCUCCCCCACCAUCCUACCUGUAUGGAGCCCAGCACCUCCUGCGUCUUUUUGUGAAGCUUCCUGAAAUCCUGGGGAAGAUGCAGAUCCCUGAGAGGAAUCUCCGAGCGCUGGUCAAGCAUCUGGAGCUCUUUCUUAGGUUUCUUGCUGAGUUCCAGGAGGAUUUUUUUCCCGAGUCCGCAUAUGUGUCAGCAUCAGAGGCCCACUACAGCAUGAAACAACCAAGGCCAAUUUAUUAAAGGAGGCGUCGGCCAUUGUGUUUCCUUCCCUUUUUUUGCGUGUCUUUACCCCGACUAACCUCCAGCUUGUGUACACUGACCUGUCUGGGCUUGUUCACGGAGCAGCUGUCUGCAUUGUGUUUUCUCCUGGACCAACCUUUUCUUUUUCUCUGGCCUUACACUCCUGCUUUUGGGAACCAGUUGCUUGUACCUGCCACUGACCCUCUCCGAUGUUCUCUUGCCACCCUGCUCUAAUUUAAUUGACUGUUUCAAGGAAAUGUCGAUGUUUUUAAGGGACCUCACAUUUACAGGAUUUUCUUUCCUUAUUCACAUCUGUUUUUUAAGACCAGACGAUGACUGGAAAGUUCUCCAGCAUCGCUGAUAUUAUGCAAAAACUCAUAGCUUUCCAUCAUUAGCUGUGGAAGCAGACUUCUCUGCAAAGCCCCCUGUUUCUCUAGCCGGAAGAAAACUAAACUGUGACCUGUUCAUAGAAAGAAAAACAGACACAGAUUAGACCGCCUGUGUUCUUCUCAUUGUGCCCACCAAAUAAACUCAUUUUGGAUAGUCUUAAGGGCAUUACUGGGUCACCUGUUCGGUGGCUUGGCCCAAUUUGUUUGUAAAGACUUCCUGUAUGUGCUGGCAGGGAUCCUCUUCCGGAUAAGAUUCCUCUAAAUCUACAGUUGGACUUGCUCCUCCUGUCCUGGAGAUUCAUUACUGCUUUUGCUGAGCAGUUAACUGAAACUCUCUCUAGUUUUACAUGUUUUAUUGUCCAUGAAUAUUGUUCUUAUUUCUUUCUCUGUCUUGCUUUAGAUUUAUUUUCCCUCUGCAUGUCUGAUAAGUGUCUAGCUGCUCUUUAUUUUCCCUUUUCCCUCCCGUUACUCUCACUGGAUGCGCAAACAGGAUAAACCACAACAUAAGCAGAUGUUUUCUUAAUAAAACAUAUUUAAGAAGCAUGUCAUAAUAAGUUUGAAUCUGUAGCAACCAGUAAUAUAAGUAUACUAAAUUGUGAAAAUGUAAAUACACGUUUGAUAUUUAUUUCUCUUUGCACACCACGUUCAUAUAUUUGUUAAAUUAGACAUAAAAUACCGGACCAUGCUCAUUCCAGACCAGUUAGAACACAUUUAGUUUUAGCUUUUCUUGAGCAAAUACACCUUUCUGUACAAAAUGUAGCCUGUUGGAUGUUUCGUAUGUUGUUCAUUUUUAAUGUCUGUUUCCUGUCUCUUCAUAAAGUUUGAAUAAAGACUUUCUGAAGCUCA